AUGCUUCCGCAGUGCCCGUCUGAAGCGGCAGCACCUGCGGCCAUGGCCCUCCUCGGCCUCCUGUCCCCCUCCCUCGUCGCCGCCGCAUUUCCUCCCGCGGCGGCGCCCGCGAAGAUAGAGAUCCGCGGGUUGACGCGGAGGGCGGCGAGCACGGGCGCGCUGAUCCUGGACGGCGUGGCGCUGCGCGUGGCGCGCGGGCAGCUGUUCGGGCUGAUAGGGCCGUCGGGCAGCGGCAAGUCCACGCUGCUGCGCGCCAUCAACCGCCUGUGGGAGCCCACACGUGGCACUGUGUGGGUGGACGGCUGUGACGUCACCACCAUGGACGUGCAGCAGCUGCGGCGCCGCGUGGGCAUGGUGUUCCAGAGCCCGCACCUCUUCCCUGGUAGGCCCUCCCCGCACCCCAGCUCUGCUUGCUCCGCUACCCAUCCCUCCCAACCCCUCCCGACCCCUCCCGACCUCAUGUUCCCCGUCUCGCCUUCCCUUCCUCUCCUCUCCAAGUGCCCUCGGCCCAACUGCUCGCCCUCGCAUCGCACCCACAUGCGCACUCUUUCUCUCGCACCACACCCGGUUCUCGUUCAUCUGGGCCUCCACACAACCCACCCUCUCACCUUCUUCCCACCCCCUCAUCACACCCAUACCUCCCUCCCUCUCCCCCUCAACCCCCCAGGCACGGUGGCGGACAACGUGAGGUACGGGCCGGGGCUGCAGGGAGUGGCGGUUGGGGUGGAGGAGCAGCAGAGCCUGCUGCUGCGCGCCGGGCUCGACCCCUCCUCCGACUUCCUGCACCGCGCCGCCCACGAGCUGUCGGGCGGCGAGGCGCAGCGCGUGUCCAUCGCACGCGCCCUCGCCAACUCGCCCCAGGUGUUACUGCUGGACGAGCCCACGAGCUCACUGGACCCCACGGCCACGCGCAAGGUGGAGGAGACGAUAGAGCGGCUGCGGCGAGAGGAGGGGCUGACAGUGGUGUUGGUGUCGCACAGCAUGCCGCAGAUCGAACGCGUGGCUGAUGUCACCGCGCUGCUCAGUCAGGGCCGCGUGGUGGAGGUGGGGCCGCCGGGGGAGCUCAGGGAGAGUGAUAAUCCGGACGUUGCUAGCUUUUUCACUGGGGAGCUCAGCUGA